UUGACACUGUUGAAUCCGGUCAGACGUCGUAUCAUCGUGCUUUAGUAGGUAACAUAUUGUGUUUAAGUCUGAACUAUUUGGCUACAAAUCUUCACAUAUAACCUCUGAUUAUAUAUAUUUUCUAAAUCACCGUGUGAUAGAUAUUUGUAGUCUUAUUUCUACAAUAUACCUUUAUAUCAACGUCUUCAGAAGGAGUUUCUUCACGCUUCAGUUAACCUGCCUGCGGCAGUUAAGUUCAACUAUGGACGGCAUCAAUGUGGUGAUCUUCGACCAGAAAAGCCCCGACUCGCUUCACUCGCGCUCACGAUCAUCGAGCAGCAGUUCCAGCACCCGCAGUAGCCGUUCCUCCGGCUCUGGAUACUACAGGGCACAAAAACACGGGGGGCGCCACAGGUCUUCAUCCUCUUCCUCUUCAGGGACAUCUUCAAACAGCGCCUCCUCUACACGUCCAAGAUCCCGGUCUCAUCCCCGCUGCCGCAGACGGUCCUCCCGCUGUCGCUGUGCCGACCAUCACAGAAAUCGCUCUGUUCGUCGUUACAGGAACCGAUCUCGCUCCUCCAGCCGCUCACGCGCGCCUGACAGCUAUUCCCGUCAGCGAAGACACGACAGGUCUCGCUCCAGAUCAAGCAGGCACAGGAGACAAGAAGGCCAGAUCAGAGUCAAUGCCCCUCACUCCCCUUCCAGAUCCCACAGGCGCCGACCAACAUCUCGCUCAAGCCCCGUCAGUUUAAGCUCGCACGAUAAGAGGGAACUCCUUGAAGCUGCCAAGGCCAACGCAAUGAAGAUACUUGGAGGGGAGAAGCUGGAACUUCCUGAGACUGUGAAACCAACCCUGUCAGAGCAGUCAGACUCCAGAACGCCGUCACCAGAGCCACUUGCAAGGGUGAGACACAGCUUGGAAAGGAAAGAGUCACAGGACACGGACUCGGACACAGAGCCAGAGACAGAGCCUCACGUGCAUAGCCUAAAGAUGACUUCAAAAGGGAAAAUUACUUUCAGCAUCAACAAUUCUGUGGCCAAACCAACAGUGGCAAUGCCAUCGUCAAAGGUAUCAGCCAGAGUGGACAGCUAUGAAGGCAAGAGGCCCUACGGCCACUGGAUCCCAAUCCGCGCAAGGAAAACCUCCAGGGCACAAAAACGCACCUAAACCAUGUCACUUAACUGUGGCUAUAUGGACUAUGUAAAAAGUGUACAUAUUUUCUGAUUUUUAUCAUUUCGUGGUCAUUUUUCUUUCAGAUGUUAAGGUUUAAGUUGGAAGAUUUGAAGAAUCCAUUCAGGUGGGAUUUAUCCUGUGUAUAUUGAUUUCAAUAAAGUGAUUUAUUGGAAGGG